AAACUCAGAAGCUGUCAGUCUCACGGCGGUAGCUACGCCAAAGUCACGCCUUCGGUAGUUGCCAGGUAGUGUAGAAAUCAGUCAUUUAAACAAGAAGGUGCCACUUGUACGACCUGGCAACACAAACUCAGGAGCUGUCAGUCUCACGGCGCUCAGGUUUGGAGACGGAACAAAGAUGGCGACUACCUAUGAGAGAUACAAUCUGCACACGACUCCAGAGAGGUUUUUCAUUGAGGCCUGCGAUGAAGGGGCCGAUGCGGUCCUGGCAAUAGACAGGGUCUCCAAUGAGAUGAACCUCACAGGUAAAAAGGAUAUCCCUUCCUCGGCGGUGACCAGGCCUAUCUGUGGCAUCAUGGGAACCAUUCGCCUCGUUGCUGGGAUGUACCUGAUCGUCAUCACCAGGAAGAGGAAUGUGGGCAACCUCCUGGGUCACGCGGUGUGGAAAGCAGUGGAUUUUGAUAUCAUCUCUUACAAGAAAACCGUGUUGCAUUUAUCAGAGAUCCAGUCUCAGGAGAAUAAGACCUUCCUGUCCAUGCUUAACAAUGUGCUGACUACAGACGGUUUCUACUUUAGCACCGACUACGACCUGACACACACCCUACAGCGGCUGGCCAACACCAGCCCCGACUUCCACGAGAUGAGUCUGCUGGAGAGGGCCGAUCAGAGGUUUGUGUGGAAUGCAAAUCUCCUCCGAGAGUUGGCAGCACAGCCAGAGCUCCACAGGUUUGCACUACCGGUAGUACAUGGCUUUAUUGUCAUGAAACCGUGUCGGAUAAAUGGGAAGAUCUUUGAAUGGAUCCUUAUAUCCCGGAGAAGCUGCUUCCGAGCUGGUGUCAGAUAUUUUGUCAGAGGUAUUGACUCUGAAGGCCAUGCUGCUAACUUUGUGGAAACGGAGCAGAUAGUUUUGUACGAGGGAGCCAAGGCUUCAUUUGUGCAGACACGAGGUUCUAUGCCCUUUUACUGGAGUCAAAGGCCCAACCUUAAAUAUAAACCAAAGCCCAUCAUCAGCAAAACAACAAGCCAUAUGGAUGGUUUCCAGAGGCAUUUUGACUCUCAGCUCCUCAUCUAUGGGAAACAAACCCUUCUUAACCUGAUAAAUCAGAAGGGUUCUGAAAAGCCACUUGAGCAGGCAUUUGCCAAGAUGGUGUCCAGUAUGAACAACGGUAUGAUCAAUUACGUAGCCUUCGACUUCCACAAAGAGUGCAGCCACAUGAGAUGGGAUCGUCUCCAAGUCUUGGUGGAAGCGGUUGCUGAGACACAAGAUGAAUACGGUUACUUCAUGGUGAACUCGGACGGAAAGGCGCUUGUCCAGCAGAAAGGAGUCUUCCGCAGUAACUGUAUGGACUGCUUGGACCGAACCAAUGUCAUCCAGAGUCUAUUGGCACGACGCUCUUUACAGUCUCAGCUCCAGAGAAUGGGGGUUCUCAACGUGGGACAGCGGCUUGAAGAACAAGCCGACUUUGAAAAGAUCUACAAAAACGCGUGGGCUGACAACGCCAACGCAUGUGCUGUGCAGUACGCAGGAACCGGAGCCUUGAAAACCGACUUCACAAGGACAGGCAAGAGAACCCGCUGGGGAUUAUUGAUGGAUGGUUGGAACUCCAUGAUACGCUACUACAAAAACAACUUCUCUGACGGAUUCAGACAAGAUUCAAUUGACUUGUUUCUGGGUAAUUUUGCCCUUGAUGAAUCGGAUGGUCCGAGUCCUCUUCGGGUGCAGAAGGACUGGAAGUUUCUCACGCUCCCCAUCAUCAUGUUGGUGGCAUUCUCCAUGUGCAUCGUAUGCCUUCUCAUGUCUGGUGACACGUGGACAGAGACCUUUGCUUAUGUGAUGUUCUGGGGAGUUUGCAGCGCCAUUACAGCCACCAUCAUCUUGUUUAAUGGACAAGACUUUGUGGACGCUCCCAAACUUGUUCACAAAGAGAAGAUGGACUGAGCGGGCUGUGCCUGCACCCCCCACCCGCAUACCUCAACACUGCUGUUCUUCCUCCCUUUUCCAUGGCGGUCCGGUCCAGUAUGGAGCGUCCAUGCCAAAGGUUUAUUCCAUCACCGCAUAACACAUCACUCCAAUAGCCAUUCCUUUCUGACGACACAGACGUCUGAUUUGAUACACACGAGGUCAAAGGUCAUGUCAAGGUUUGCGUUGGGUCAGUGCACCGCUUAUUCCGGCUACCGACAUACAUUUCCACACGCUGUCAACUUUUCCAGCUUCCGGUUCCUCACACUGCUCCUCCAAUUUAUUUCAUAAGAUUCAAUCACGUUAAUGAAGCGUUCUGUUCCCUUCGUAGUAUGCAAAUUGUGUACUUCAAUAGUUCAUCCCUUCAAAUUGAAAUGUCCAAAUAUGACCAAAAUGGUUGGUGAUGGAUCAGUAAUUGAUAACUAAUUGUCUUAUGGAGUUUAAACUAUUACAGUAUGUCAAGGCCGUUUAUGAAUAAUGAUAAUUACUGGUCCCGUAAUAUCUGAUUGAAAGUUGCAAUAUGACUUUAGAGCUUUCAUGUCUUCUAAGCAUUCCAAGCACAGGACUUUCAUUCUCUCUCUCUCUCGCUCACAUACAUACACCUUCACACUUCGAAUUCACUCUUAUCACAGUUUUUCAAAUAUACAAAUAUAUAUUCAUCAAUAAAUCAUGUUGUUUUGCGAUUGAAUACAGCCUGUUAGUAGUAAAAAAUAAAAAAAACACAUUUAUACAAAUGUUAAUUUUGGGGGUAAAUGAAGCGUUUUCCAGCAUUAAAAUGGCUAAAUGAAGUAAAAAUACAAAUACAGUAUAAGGCAUUCAGAAGACUGAUUCAAACACCGUGUGACAUGUGGGGUACACUGGUCAGUAGGCGUCACUAAUCUUACUGUAAUGUUGGGUAACACACAAGCACCAGACUUGAUGGGUGCAAGAACAGGAUUUUAUUUCAGGUGUGAACGAUCUCACAACCGGGACAGUAAUCCCAAACACGAGCUCCUCUUGCUGCCAUAACCACUCCAAACUAGACCCAACUCUCAACUCCCGACGUCACUUCCUGUUGGCUCAGGUCUAAUAUGUCUGAAAAUGUCCCAUUUUCUAUCUUGGGUAGUGUCGUGGUCACUAUAGGGGUGUUAUUUCAUGUCAAGAGGGCUCUAAUGCAUCUCUACAAGGUCGUAAGCAGGUUUUCUAUGCUAACUAUGAAAAUGUUCCAUUCCUAAAUAAGGACCCUUGCAAAGAGGACGGGUCUGGAACCAGUUAGCAUGUAUGAACAAGGGAUUACUGUAUUGUGUUUGUCAAUGUCCAUUGUUUAUUCAUUGGCCUAUGAAAGCACUUCUCUUCCUCGUGGUUUGCAAAAGCUGGACUGUCACAUUUGUUACACACAAAGCCAUUUUCUUUUUUUAAAGCUGAUCUUGGAAUUGCCAAGAUUGUCAGAUGGAUGCAUGGUUGCAACAUCAGCUAAUACAGUACAUGUACCGAGCACGCAAGGUCAUCAUACAGUAUGGGUCAUUCUCCCGUAAGCGCUACCAGAGAGCGGUGGUGUGUCGGUCAUGAACCAACGGGUCAUAAGAACUCUCGCCUCUAAAAUACCCGUCCAGUCCGUUCAGUUGCAAAUGCUUUUUGGUGAUUGGCUGGAGAGUCGCUUCACCUUUUUGCAGGGCGGGACUAUUUAUCCUAUCGUCGCCUCCGUCUGUCUCUGGGUGGGUGGGGUUAGCUGACUGAAAGACCGAGAGAUUCACCGACACUGUCGGUGACCUCGUUCAGUCCGUUCACAAAAAAGAACUAGUUCUAUUGACCCGUUCGUUCAUGACCGACACACCGCUAGUCGUCACGUGUUGUUGCGCUGUAGAGUCGGAACCAACGUGAACAUGAGUGAACGGGUCUAUGCACAGGGGGAGAUCACAGGCUAACCACCAAUUGACCCAAAUGAACGAAUCUUUUUACUGAAUGAACCGGAAUGAUCGGGGUUUUGCCCACCGCUACCUGAGAGGGUCACUUGGAGGUACUUAGACGUACCGACUACAGUGAAACAUACUGCAAACACAUUAAAUAAACACGGGAAACGCUAUGGAAUACUUUUUUGUGUCUUGUGUCGGGCUGAUGACGUCAACGCAAAAAAUAGAAUAGAAUUUAAAAAAUGGCGCCGCCCGCCUCGGCACCAAAUCACAGCAGGUUGGGAAAAUGAAAAGAUCUUGCAAUUGGAUGUCAAAAGUAUGGGAGUACUUUACACUUACAGGAAACUUAAAGGUGGUCUGGCAAAUAGCGUACUACCGCGAUGCACCAGCACCAGGACGUUUUCAGCAAUGAAAUAUACCAAAUGAUCACAUGUUUUUCUUCAUCAACUGAAACAGAACAAUUGUGCUUCAUUUUUGUAUGCAAAUGUGUUGGAAAGUAACAACUUCAAUUUUUGCUUGCUAUGUCUAGCUUUUGGUACCCCUUUCAGGAGAAUGACCCACAUGUCAAAUAUGUCCUAUUCAUAAAAAGAAUGGAAGGAACAUUAUAGGUAUUCAUAAUAUGCCACCAAAAUGAUUCAGUAUAUACACAAUGUUGUUUUCUUUUAUUACCAUCUUUCCUCAGAUAAAUGUAUACAGUACAGAAUUAGCAUAUUUUGGUUCCAAGGUGAAGAAUGUGUACGAUCAUUGCAGGUUUGUAUUUAGGGUAGUGAUCAUGUAUCAAUGUAAUAUGGACAUUGAAGCCUAAUGGUAUUAUAUUGCAUAUAUGGGAUAUAAAACCAUACAGUGAAUAAAGACUUUGUUUUUGUUGCA